CAUUAUUGUUUUGCAUUUUAGCAUUCACUCUGUCUCAGAAUUACCUUCUUUGGGCGAUUGUUUGAGCCAAACAAACACACAACAAUGUCCAACCUGACUUGGCGCGGACUUGCUGCACUCCCAACCGCUACAACCAAUAUCAAUAGUCAUAAUAAUACCAAUAGUACGAGCCAUGGCGUCCAAGUGCAGCCGCUCUACGCACUGACGCCGUUCGAUGCGCACUAUUCGCUGGGCGCUGCAUUGGGAAACGGCCGCCAAGCUCACGUCUACUCGUGCGCCCAUCUGAGCCCGUCCGCUUCACCAAAAGCUCAACUUGCAGUCAAGGUCAUCCAGAUCGAAUCGCCGUGCAAGGUCGCGCUGGCGGCAGACCCGAGUCCAACAAGCAGCGGUUUCCCUGCGGAUUCAAUGCUGCCGCUCCUCGAAGCGAGCACUCUGGGCAAUGGCGAUAUCACUGCCACUGGGACAAGUGGAGCUGGACCCAUUGGAUCUGUUGGAACCAUCGGAGCGGCGGCAGCUGCUGGAACGGGACUGAACGGCGUCCGUGCUGGAACCAAUACGAAUCACAGCACAAACCAUACUAAUCCUAGUACAAGUUCUACUGGAACGAACGGAGUGCAUGGAACAAGUGCUACUACUACUGCUGGAUUGAAUGGACACGCUGGAGUGAAUGAAACUAUUGGAACUGGAUCCAAUGCAACGAAUGGAACCAUCGCAACAACAACUACUGGAACACAAACCGGAUUCGCACGGGCUGCAACUCCAGCAUCAAUGUCGACGUUGACAUCACGAGCAUCGUCAAUGACCAACCUCGCAGUCAAGCCAGGCGCCUUUGGAGUGCUGGCUACGCCCGGGAUUUUAACGUCGCCAGAGCGUCUCAUGAAGUGGAUUGGCGACGAGUAUGUGGCGCGCGAAAUUGCCGUCCUGACACUGUGUCGAGGGCAUCCCUUCAUUCUGCAACUCGUGGAUGUGCUGCUGGACUGCUCUGAUGCCGACUACCAAACACAAUCUGGCGGAUGCACCGUCACCCUCGAUCGCUGCUACCUCGUCACCGAGCAACUCGCGGGUGGUGCGCUCCUCGAUCGCAUCCGCGACAGCACGUCCAACUCGACCCAACAGCCCUUGCUGGAGCAGGAUGCCAGCAUUGUUGCACAAAACAUUGCGAGCGCUCUUGCGUUUCUGCACGCACGUCACAUUGCCCACCGCGACCUCAAGCCCGCCAACAUUCUGUGCGCUACUACGACACGCAUCACUCCAGUCAAGCUCGCCGAUUUCGGUCUGGUGAGCGCUCUGCACUCUCCGCGCCCCAGCCGCUCUGCAACAGCCGCGGCCACCCCAAUGCUGCAGACGCCCGUCGGUACAAUGGAGUAUGUGGCUCCGGAAAUUGCCCACUCUCUCAGCAAUCCCUGGGACAAGUCGGGCUACGGCAAAGCGUGCGACCUCUGGAGCUUUGGUGUGCUCUUAUAUGUGCUACUCUGCGGCACGGCGCCAUUUACGCGACAUUGUGGACGCAAGUGCGGUUUUUCCGAAGGCCGCAGCUGCGAGUACUGCCAAGACCUCAUUGCAGAUGCAGUUGAGGCCGCAGAGUUUGAUUUCGAGCAAAAAGAAUGGAAGACCAUCUCCUCGUCGGCGAAAGACCUCGUCACUGAAUUGCUCGUACAUGAUCCAUCAAGCCGUCUUUCGGCGGAAAACGUCCUGUGCCACCCUUGGGUUGCCCAGCGCGGCUCGCGUCUCCCGCUGCAAUCCCCGGCAGUGCUCCGCGGGUCCAAAGCUUUGCUGCAGCCUUAUCUAGAUGUGGUUACCACAGCUCAACAGCAACGCGAUUUGCAGUGUGAAAUUUCGGAUGUGGAAGCCGUUGCUGACGAAAUGGCCGAGUCGUUGCCGCCAUUCUCCGGAGACGACUCGCCGAUUUCCAUGCGGUCUGCCAACGAUGCGUCGAUUGCAUCCUCGCCAAUGCUGCUUGGAAUGGAUGAGCAGGACGAGUUCUUGCAAGACAACGGACUGCUUGGACCGCACAGCGUCGCUCGGUCCUUGACGUUCAACGCGCUCUCCCUCAAGUCGCCCCUCUACCGUCGUCGUCAGCGGCAAGAGGACAAUGCUUCUGUUGCUUAUGCGUAACGAGAGUGUGUUACCUUUCAACAGAUUUAGACAGCGAGCAGAUACUUUACUUUUGGUCGGUUGCUGUGCACAGCUGCAGUCCUGUUGCUUCAUUGGCACAAUACAGUGAGCAUCUCAGA